AUGACGAAUGAACAGCUCCAGGCCGUCAUCCACGCCGCGCCGGCGCUCGCCACAAUAUACCUCGAGUCUGUCGUGGUUCUGGGAAAAACUGCUUCGCCAACAAACGCGACAGAUGUCAUCAUCCGCGUCCACUGCCCCGUAGCCACCGCGCUCGUGCUGGAUAGAUGUGACUUGACCAAGGGACCAUUCUGGUCCGGCACCGCCGCUGUGGAGAUCGAUGCGCCGAGGCUGCGGCGCUUCACCUACAAGGGAGUUCUUCGGCAGGUCUCUCUCACUUCGCAGGCGACGGAUUUGGCACGGGCAGACCUACACAUUAUCCGUGAAUUUAUCAGUAGGAGCGACGAGGAUGCACGCCGACGCCGCGACCUUGUCACCUUCUGGCGAUUCGCUCGGAACUUCAGCAAUGCCAAGGAGCUGAAGCUGAGGGUGAGCUCGCUUGACGACAUCGCCGUGGUCGCCGCCGCGAGCCAGACCAAGCUCCUGCGCUCCUUUUGUAACCUCGAGUGCCUCGAGAUAGAAGGAAUGAACGGUCGCAAGGGAAAGACCGCAGCAGUGGCGAUCGCGAACCUGCUCUUGUGUUGUCCCGUGCUUCGUGACCUCCGGAUCAACCUUUCCACGGUGUGGAGCUAUGUCGAUGCGCAUUAUCACCCCGGGACGUGCCCCAUGGAGAGGAAAUGUCAGCACGAUCUGGACAAGUCGAUCCAAGCUUUCGAGAACCGCGGAUCAGAGCCAGUGGGACAAGAUGAUGACGAUGGUGAUACAUACGAUCAUUUAUCCGACCUCCCUGCGUUAAGCGGGCGUGUUUUCCCCUGCUUGCAGACUAGCUUAAGACGCGUAGGCUUGCAAUUCAGGCUAGAGAAGACCCAUAAUAACUUUGGAGUAAAGUUGAUCAAAUUCUUUGCCCAAAAUGCCAUGGUUCUUGAAGAAAUGCAAAUUGACGAUGGUAACGGGAAGAUGCGCCAUCACAUAAACUGCAAUAUUGAAAGAUGGCUUGCCAACUCGGCAAAUGACAGGAGGACGAGCUUCGUAGUCUUGCCCCUUGAGAGACGAAAUCAUCAUGAUGAUACGUUGCUGUAA